AUGUUGUCCGAGGUCGAAGGUGUUCGUGUUGCUGCCGUGGGCUGCGCUCACGGCAGCUUUGAUGAAAUCUACGAGCUCCUCAGAGUUAAAGCUGAGGCCAAAGGCUGGGACAAUGUCGAUCUGGUCAUCAUUGGAGGUGACUUUCAGGCUCUCCGUAAUGCAAGCGACGCAGCUUGUAUCUCAGUGCCUGCCAAGUGGAAGUCUAUGGGCGACUUUCACAAGUACUACGGAGGCGAGAAAGUUGCCCCGUAUCUGACAAUCUUCUGCGGGGGCAACCACGAAGCCAGCAACUACCUUUUCGAGCUGUAUUACGGCGGUUGGGUAGCUCCUAACAUCUACUACCUCGGCGCAGCCAACCUUGUGCGCUUCGGACCCCUGCGAAUCUCGGCCAUGUCUGGCAUCUGGAAAGGCUACGACUAUCGCAAGCCGCAUUUCGAGCGACUCCCAUACGGAGCGGACGAUCUUCACAGCAUCUACCAUGUGCGCGAGCUGGAUGUCCGCAAGCUCCUGCAAGUCCGGACUCAAGUGGAUGUUGGUCUCUCCCAUGACUGGCCGCGAGGCAUCGAAAACUUUGGUAAUUCUCGCGAGCUGUUCCGGAAGAAGCGUGGCUUCAAGGAGGAUUCAGAGCACGGUAGUCUCGGAAGCAGUGCGGCUCGCGAUGUCAUGGAUCGCCUGCGUCCUGCGUACUGGUUUGCCGCCCAUCUCCAUGUCAAGUUUACCGCUGUUGUCCCACAUGAUGGAGUCGGCGUCAAGAGGGUGGAUGCUCCGGAAGGCCAGCCUAGCGAAUGGGCUGUUGAAGCUGACAUGUCCGCGAAGACGACCACGAGCGAAUCUUCCAAAGCGGGAAGCGUGGGUGCUCCGAGAAACAUCCCUCCUAUCCUCAGCGGUACAUCGGAAGAUUUUCAAAAGGGGGUGGCCGCCUGGAACGCAUUCGCAGCGGAGACUCAAGACAUUGAGCGCCGGGAAGCAGUGAAAACCCGCCAGCUCUACAAGGAAUUUCAACACAAGCGUGAGGAGCUGCGAGAGCAAGGUAUGGCCACGUACGAGAACGAGCGGGCAGCUUACGAUGCUGUCUUCUCCAAAAAUUCCGACGAGAUCUCCUUGGGCUCUGUGAGCGAGUCUGAUGGCCAGGCAUCCGGUAAUCCCUCCCCUGCCAAAGCUGCCAAGAUGGAUAAUGUUCCUGUUGGCAUUUCAAACGACUGGUCCGAGAAUUCUUCAAAUUGGGAUGCCCUUAAAGCACCUGCCUCUCCUGGUGACCGCAACCCCCCCGUCGAGCCUGAAAGCACCUCUGACACCCGCAGCCACGGCGCUGUGGAUACCGAGCGUGGUCAGGCAGUCACAGAAGACCUGCGAAGCAAACUGCCUGCCAGUUUCGCUCGACCUGCUCCCCAAGCUCAGAAGCCGGCCCAGGAGAAGCCUGUCCCAGAAGCUGUGAGCAACAAAGUCACUCGCUUCCUCGCCCUCGACAAACCUCAUAACCGAGAUGAUGUGGUCCACCUCAUGAAGCUCAAAGCGGUCGAUGAAGCGCCCUCCCAGAAUAUUUCCAAAUCCUCUGGUGGGUUCCGACUGCAGUAUGAUAAAGAGUGGCUUGCAAUCACCCGUGUCUUCGCUGCAGAUCUCGUUCUCGGUGACCGUUCUGCGCAGGUGCCUCCCCACAAGGGUGAAGAUUCCUACCGUGCCCGCAUUGUUGAAGAAGAGAAAUGGGUUGAGGAGCAUCUUGAGAAGCGUGGCCUGAUGGACAUCCCUUUGAACUUUCAACUCAGUGCGCCGAAGUACGACCCUGCCGAGUCCCUCGCGGAAGCUCCCCAGCCUCGUGAAUGCCCAAACAACCAGACUGCCGAUUUCUGCUCCCUCCUCGAUAUUCCUAACGCCUUCGCCCUCACCGAAGAGGAAAUCGAGGCACGCAUGAACGCUGGGCCUCCCCCAGCUUCUGGUGGCUCGUUCCAAGGCGGCCACGGCAAUCGUGGCCGUGGCCGAGGCCGUGGUCGAGGAAACGGUCGCGGAUAUGGCCGAGGAAAUGGUCGUGGUCGGGGACGUGGCUUCUAA